UAAAAAGAGGAAGAAAGGGUCUAGUAUGGUGUGAUUCUAAUAAGUCAGUUAUAAAACCUCCAAAUCUCCCAGGGACUUCCCUUUAAUUCUUCUGAGUAAUGGAGAGUGAGAAACAAAAUACAUGUCAUCUUUGCAAUGUAAAAAAAGCUACAUACAAGUGAACUUUUAAACUGUCUGGAAGAACUACAAUUUUUCUCUGCAUGGUCAUUUCCUGUUGUGUAUCUUCUGUCUCAGGUAAGCAGCUAAGCUCUUGAAGAAUGUUGUCAGAAGGGUAUCUUUGUGGAAUCCCCUAUUUUUGUGAGGACUUCUUGAGUUCCAAGCUCUACAGAAAGCGAGAAGCAGAGGAGAAGGUGCAUGAGAUGAGUGCCAUGUGUGGCUUUACCUAUUCCUCCAUGGAUGAAACACAGGGCAGAAGUCUCUUUCAGAGGUGGUCUGUGGGCAAGUUCUUUUCUUCAGUCCAUUCAAAAGGAAGCAAACACAAUGGAAGACAGAAAGAGACUUUACCGCAGGUUAUUCAGAGCCCGGAGUUUGAAAGGCAAACAUCUCCAGCUGGGAAUAUGGCUGGAGGAUCCACAAGUAGAGAUACCUACCUGGUUCCUUCUUCCUGUAAAAGCAUUUGCAAGAAUUACAAUGAUUUGCACAUCGCUGGUGGCCAUGUGAUGCCUAUCAGCUCAGUAACAACAGAUUUUACCUGUGACAGUGGGAUAGGCCCAUUUUUGGAGUCAUCAGAGAUUCCUCCGCCUAUGGAAUCCAUGAUGCCACCCAAUGACCUCAUUCGCAAGCCCGUCCAAGGGUACUCGUCAUGCUGGCGAGUGACCAGCAUAAUGCAACACCAGCAGCCCCUCUCCAAUUCAAUACUGAAUGACUACCUAGAGCAGAAAGUGGUGGAGUUGUACAAACAGUAUAUCAUGGACAGCAUGGUCAACAGCGCAUCCCCCACUCAGAUCAUGGCCUCUGAGCUCAUCAUGACCAACGUAGACCAAAUCAGCAUGCAGAUAUCACGGGAGAGGAAUAUGGAGACCACCAAGGCCAAAGACAUGGUCAUUAACUGCCUAUUACGACUUGCCAGUGGAAAAGUAUCUAGUGAAAUAAGCACCCCUAGUCUGCAUAUUUCGCAAUAAAGCAGCAUCAGUAUGUAGACUGGUGGCAUUAAGGUGGUCUACAGCUAGAAAGCUUACAGGCUUUGUAAAUACAAAUGUUAAGUUCUCAGUUAUAGUACUCUUCUGGUAUUAUUGAAUUAACCCUGUUAUAACUGAGAGUAUUGUUAUUUGACCAAUUUCUGUUGGCCAAAGAGACAAGCUUUGCAGCUACACAGAUCUGGUCCAGAGGUGAAGAAGAGUUCUGUGUAGCUUGAAAGCUUGGCUCUUUCACCAAUGCAAGUUGGUCCCAUAAAAGACAUUACCUCACACAUCUUGUCUCACUAAUAUCCUGGGACCCACAAGACUACAACAACACUGCGAACAUUAUUGUUAUUUAUAAUUUGUACUGUCAUUGCACGCAGGAGCCCCAGUCCUGCUAAGCUCUCCUUCCUGCUUGGAAUCUGCACUUUUAUCAUUUGUAGGGCCCUACCAAAUUUACGGUCCAUUUUGCUCAAUUUCAUGGUCAUAGGUUUUUAAAAAUAGUAAAUUUAAUUAUUUCAGCUAUUUAAAUCUGAAAUUUCAGGGUGUUGUAAUUGUAGGGGUCUUGACCCAAAAGGAGUUGUGGGGAGGUUGCAACGUUACUGCUACCCUUACUUCUGUGCCGCGGCUGGCAGUGGUGCUGCCUUCAGAGCUGGGCAGCUGGAGAGAGGUGGCUGCUGGCCAGGAUCUCAGGUGUGAAGGCAGAGCCACCGCCAGCACCAGUACAGAAGUAAGGAUGGCAAGGUAUGCUAUUGCCAUCCUUAUUUCUGCCUGCUGCCUGCAGAGCUGGGCCCUCAGCCAGCAGUUGGCACUCUCAAGCUCUGAAGGCAGCUGUGCAGAAGAAAGGAUGGCAUGGUAUGGUAUUGCCACCCUUACUUCUGUGCUGCUGCUGGCUGGGCCCUGCCUUCAGAGCUGGGCACCUGCCAACAGCCACUGCUCUCCGGACACCCAGCUCUGAAGGCAGUGGAGAUGUAAGGGGGGCAAUACCUCAAUCCCUCUAAAAUAACUUUGUGACCCACCUGUAACUCCCUUUUGGGUAAGGACCCCAAUUUGAGAAACACUGGUCUUCCCCGUGAAAUCUGCAUAGUAUAGGGUAAAAGCACACACAAGACCAGAUUUCACAGGAGGAGACCAGAUUUCAUGGUCCAUGACACAUUUUUCAUGGCCGUGAAUUUGGCAGGGCCCGAAUCAUUUGUACCUGUGUGAACUUCAGCCUUCCUCCCAAACAAAGCUGGCUGUAUCCAGAUCUCACAACUAUGACUAAUCUGCCCCAACUCUAUCCAUCCUCUUACUUUCUUUGUUUCACCACCUUCCCUGCCCACUUUCUCUCAGAUCCAAUCCAAGGUUAGUUCUGAGCCAAGUAGGCUCCCCAGGUGUGUGUAUGAAUUUGUUCUUCUCUGAAUUGAACUGUUAAAAAGAACAGGGAAAAAUGAUAAUGAUCUGCAAUCACUUGUAGAUAUUGGGUUUUUUUGCCAGCUAGCUAUAUACGAUGCAGCUUGGGGAAUAGAACUCAGAGCUUUAGAAAACAUAGCACUUUACCACUUGAGCUAAAAGAGAAUCUUCCUUAACUGAUACAUGCAAUAUCCUCUUUUUAGGCCAUUUAAUGAAUGUUUUCUUAUGAAUCUAGUGGUGGAGGGCAUUGAAAGGGGCAGAAAAUAGGAUUCAUCAUAGCUGGGAGAAUUCCAAACUGCACACUAAAGGCCUGAAGGUAAUGGGAAUAUUUCCACUGAAUGCUUGAGGAAGCCUAAAAUAUCCCACCCAAUAGUGGGCAGCGGUACAUGUACACAACAAGCAGUACAUUAAAGUUGGGGUUUGUUCUU